AUGGUUGACCCUGUUUGGGAGCAUGGAGAAAAAAGGGGAUCGGGUUUCAAGUGCAAGUAUUGUGGCACAUCAAAGAGCGGAGGAGGGGCAACACGGUUCAAGGACCACUUGGCACAUAGAGGUCAUGAUGUUAUUGAUUGCCCUUCGGUUCCCCCCGCGGUGAAGAACUUUUUCAUUAGCGAGUUGGACAAGAUAAAGGCGAAGAAGUAUGAAAGACAGCAAGAUAGACGUAGGAGAGAUGCUGCAGCUCGAAGUACUCAAUAUGUUGACUUGGAAGGUGAGGAAGAAGAAGAAGAGCAGGAUGAUGAGUUGCAGCAAGCUUUGAGACAUUCACGGGAAGAGUAUGAGUUUAGGCAAAGGGCUGGUCCAAGGUAUGAGAGGGGUGGUGGUUCUGGAUCAGGCCAGGCACGGGAUCCAGGUACUGGGGUAACGAUCCCAACUGGGAGGGAUAUUGAUGGAAAAUAUCUUUCAGAGAACGUGGAGGAGAUAAAGAAGGAGAUCAACAAGUGGAAGCAAGAGUUCCCUGAGUAUGGUGCCACUAUCAUAUGUGAUUCAUGGACCGGUAUUUCUCGCAAUAGCGUAAUCAACUUCUUGGUAUAUUGCAAUGGAAUGAUGUACUUCUGGAAGUCUAUUGAUGUAACUGGAAAAAUACAAGAUCAUCGGCUCAUACUUAAGGAGAUAACAAUUGUUCUGAACGAUAUAGGGCCAGAAGAUGUGAUUCAGAUAGUUACUGAUAAUGGCAGCAACUUUAAGAAGGCUUGCAAGCUGUUGGCAGAGGAGUACCCUCACAUUGUGUGGCAGCCAUGCCUUGCCCACACGAUCAACCUCAUUCUCAAAGAUAUUGGAAAGUGGGAUGAUCACAAGGCCAUGAUUCAGAGUGCCCAAUAUAUUUGUCAAUGGUUAUACAAUUCUAAUAGUGUGCACUCCAUGUUUAAGAGUGCCACUGGUGGGGAGCUAGUUAAAUGGAAUGCAACAAGAUUUGGCACUAACUAUAUGUUUCUGGAGAGUUUUAUGAAGAAGAAAGAUCAAUUUAUGGUAUGGAUGAUGUCAACUGAAUAUAGAUCAUCACGCCACUACAAGACUGAAGCAGGCAAGUAUGCAUUCGAAUGCAUGACCUCUGUUCAGUGGUGGGCAAACAUGCAGUAUGUUAUUAAUGAUGUGGAGCCUCUCUAUUCUUUUUUGCGAUUUGCUGAUCAAGACAAGACUCCAACUUUGGGUGAAGUUCUUAUGGAGUACGGCAGCCUCAAGCGUACAUAUCAUACCCGGUUCCAUUCAGAUAUGGCAAGGUGUGACAGGAUCAUGGAAAUUGUUGACAGAAGGUUGGCUAGUGUGUUCGAAGAAAAUGUCUUUGGAGACCUUCGGAAAGGGCUGGAGAGACUUUUUGACAUCGACAGAGCAGCACGUGCACUACAAGAAAACACCACAUCUUCAGAUAGCAGCUAA